AUGUCCACCGAAAUCUCAUUUUCCCCUCCUCGGUUAAUCGUCCUCAUUGCGGAACUCAUUUUGACGGUUCUGACCGCCUUUGGCCUCCUUCUCAUUCUGCUCCUUGCCCUUGGCCAUGACGACACAGCACCGCUGGGCAUCCUCCAUAUAACGAUAGCCUGCACACUUCUGGUUUACGCUGCGAUGGAGGGAACUGGCGUAUUGGUUCGUAGUCACUGGUUUAAACGAAACACCCUAGUUGCAAGGUGUAAAUGCCUGUGGCUGGACGGGAGAGAAGACGAAGAGUCGAAGAUGUAUGGGACGAGUGUCAUCGACAGGGAUGUCAAGAAAGGUCCGUUUUCGAUGACCCCCGGAAGGUCGAGAAAGGGCAGAAUUGUGUGA